UGCAGUCCAAGGUGAAACGUGCAAUUCCUGUACACUGGUGGCUACAACGGGCGCCACGGAAGGCGCACUCUUCGCUUUAACAAAGAAGCUGAUAGUUCUGAGCCCUCAGGAUAUGAUCGAUUGCGGAAUGAGCGGUGUGAACGGCUGCAACGCGACCUAUCCACACGCCGCGUAUAAAUACAUUCAAUCGAAGGGGCUGCCAGCCUUAAAAGAUUACAAAUUCCUACAAGGUAAACAAGAUGUCUGUCAGGAGGGCAAGAGGAAAGUGACCAAAAUCAAGCAGUUCCACGAGAUCAUUGGCAAUUCGGACAAAGACGUACUUCGGUUCGCGAUCAACAAGCGUUCCCCCGUCGUCGUGGUCCUGUCCGGAGUAGACGCUGAGAAGAGUCUUCUGACGAUCACGGCUGGAGCUCUAGACGAUACCAGAUGGUGCGGCACAUCAAGCACAGCCAGGCACGCUGUACUCGCAGUAGGCUACGACUUCACCAACAAAGAGACCUUCACCAUCAAGAACAGUUGGGGUGAGGGGUGGGGGGAGGGCGGAUACGCUGAUAUCGUGGCCACACACUGCGGGCUCUUGGACAACCCGUCAUACCCGAUUGUGACGCAGGAGGACAUUUUAGAAUAAGGGCAACACCAUUAACACAUUCACUACCAAACAAAAACGGCGCACUACCCCAGAAACCGGUGGUCUAUAGCUGCGUACAAAACAACCCGCCCAGCGGGUUGUCCGGCAUCUGAACAAAGUUCACGAGCGCCCACCAGGUGGAUUCCCGGCAGUGAAUGUGUUAAGAACGGCUGGGAGGAGGGCGGAUACGCUGAUAUCGUGGCCACACACUGCGGGCUCUUGGACAACCCGUCAUACCUGAUUGUUACGCAGGAGGACAUUUUAUGGCUCCUCUACACGAUGGCUCAGCGUAGGCCAGUCCAAGGGACGCAUUUAUGCGUUAGAGGGAGCAAGUGAUAUUGCUAUCUCAUUCCACUGCAUAGCUGCGUCCCUUAGACUGGCGUACGAUGGGCCAUCAUGUAGAGGAGCCCUUAGAAAAAGACAACACCAUUAAGAAUGGCUGGGGGGAGGCGGAUACGCUGAUAUCGUGGCCACAUACUGAAAUAAGCACAACGGAACAAACCCCAUUGAACGUCAAAACCCCAUUGAAAGGGAAUCGGAUCAGACUAAACAAAACGUUGAUAUUUAAAAGAUUCCUUAUGACUGACGUCGCAGGUUAAGAAGAGAUGUAAAGUGCUAUUUUAGUGCGCUCAUAUGCUAUAUUUCAAAUUUCCUCCGAAUAUUUGUCUUGAUCCGAUUCGCCCUGUGAUCUGAUUCAUUUCAGUUUACCCUACUAUAACUUGCAAGUUGAUUUUCCCCUACACAAGAUGAUAAUCGUUGAUAAAAAGCGCUGAUCGGAACUUAAAUAAUGUAUGGAAAUAUUCAAAUGACUUUUCUGUCGACUGUAUUUUUCAGUCAAAUAGUUAAGCCGAAACCACUCGAAACUCGAGUUUAUUGUUGUAUUUAGAUGAAGUUGUUGACGGUGUCUUUAUUCGAAGGCUCGAGUACUUUUGAGUUGCGCUCAAAGAAGAUUUAAUAAACGUCUCGACUCGAAACUUAAAGACUCGAAAGUUUUUUGUGCCGUCUUGUAAAAACGAGUAGAGUUCUUUAAAUGUAGACUCAAAACAGUCAAGUUUCUACCUUACCCGUAGCCCUAUUUACUACCUAAUCAAAUCAUCCAGCUUUUGUAUUAAUAUCGACAAAAAUUAUUACAACAAACUGAAAAUAAAUCAGUUUUAACAAUUGGGGCAAUUGAAAAUUUUGGGGAGAGCAGGGUUAAAAGUGCCGAUUUUCAUAAAAUACGAAAUUGAUCUGUGAUUAUAUGAAAUAUAAAUAAAGUGUGUUGCUUGCGCUAUGUUAAAUAAUGAUUACUCGCGCUUCUGCACCGACGCGCUGCAAUGAUAUUGUUUUGUGCAUCGUUAAACAGUUAUUUUACCAGAUUUUUUUAUGAUAUCGGUCGUUCCGUGGUUUCAAAUUCUAACUGAUCCGCCAAAAAUAUAGACUUGGUUCACACACGCUAAAAUAGUGCUUUGCAGUUCGUAGGAAUAUGUGAUUGUUUUUGUGUAGGUACAUAAAAAAAACAAAAGCAAAAAUAUUUUUUUCGUGGGGUUAGUUGUGCCGUCAUUUUUUAUUAAUUUUCCAUAACUACAAUUCUAUAAUGGAAGCAACUAAAAGGCUCCUGCAACUAAUAGUGUCCUCACCUUUCGCAACAAACAUCAUACUAAUCGCUCCAUGGUUUAAUUGCUUUCCUAGUCCCAUCGGAACAACUUACCCCCAAUACUUUUAACCUCAUACUCCUAAGUAUAAUAUUAAGCCGGCUACACAUUUUUCUGUCGUGUUGUGUUGUGUUGUGACGGAUCAGAGCAGCAAUCGGUUACAUACAUUUAAUAUGGUUGCGUUCACAUUUGUCUGAUGUGUCAUGAUGCAUGCAGCGUCAGACAAAUGUGCACGCAACUAUAUUAAAUGUAUGAGACCAAUUGCCGCUCUUGCGUCACGACACAACACGACAGUCUAAUGUGAAUCUGGCUUUAGUUAGGUGGAAUUCGUUAUUGUUUCUAAAUAAGUAUGUAAUGUUGUAUUUCUUUAUUAAACGAAAAGGUUUUGUAA